GAUCAACUGUUCUGUUACUGUUACUUUGCGAAUAGACAGAUCAACUGUUCUGUUACUGUUACUUUGCGAAUAGUAGCACCUACCUUCCUUCUUCCCCCAACCUCUCACUCUACUUUCUUCUACCUCCCGCAUCCGCACCGAACUACACCAGAAACAGCCCCGCAAGACACACAAGCAAACCUUUCCCACACACGUCGCAGGAUCUCGACUUCCAACUGACUUCACUUCUCCAUCAUUCAGUUUUCUUCGUUUCGUUCUACGGCCGCUCAGCCGCAUGUUGCUUCUCUUCACUUCUCAUCAUAACUCGUCGACCGAGUCGGCGAUGUCUGCUUGAUCAGACGUUUUUUUCGUUUCCGGAUACGUCGCAACUUCGAGAUACACCAUUUGUCGUACAAUAGCGUUGUAUAUUUCCAUCAUCAUUAGCACCAGCGUCUGCCUUUUUAUAGACGCUUCUCACACCACCACCAUGGAUACCUUCGAACCACUCGACACCAUCGACUCCAUAAUCCCCUCACAAGUUGAGAUGGAGCCAAUAGAACCACCCCCAAAACUCAAAGGGAGACAACGCCUCCUCCACAGCCUGGAACGAAUGUCCUCAGCGACGUCCCUCAAGGGCCUCAGCAGGAAACGAGCCAUAAGCAAUCCAUACUCGAGCACAAGCAGCAGGGGUUCUGCAAUCAGCUUCUCAAACAUACAAUCGAGCCAGGCUGGCAGCAGCUCGAGUUUCUCGAGGCUGGUUACGGGACAUCAGGCCACUACUCCUAUAUCUAGUGGGAGCACCCCGCCUACGUCAGUGAGUGGACUGUCGAACCUCGCAAGUCGACCGUGGACUGCGAAUUUGGACGAUGGCGGGCCGGGGAGUUCUCACACCUCACACCCAGGGAUCCAGACAGUCGACUCUGAUAUUAUCGAGAUCGACGAGGGAUACUUUGCUCAUCCGGUGGCAUUGUCGGCCAUAAAGCCCAGCAAGCCGAAUCCGAAUUUUGAUUUCUGGGGGAAUCUGCCGGAGGAACUGAGACUGUCGGUUUUGAGCCAUCUAAGACCCAAAGACCUGGUCCGAGCAUCCAUCGUCAGCCGCCUCUUCUAUUCCAUGUGUUUUGACGGCCAGCUAUGGACCUGCUUCGACGCCUCCGAGUUCUACACCGCCAUUCCCGCCGACUCCCUAGCCAAGAUCGUCUCAGCAGCCGGCCCCUUCGUCAAAGACCUAAACCUCCGCGGCUGCGUCCAAGUCGAGCACUACAACCGCGCCGAUGUCGUCGUGAAAUCCUGCAACAACCUGAUAACCGCCACCCUCGAAGGGUGCCGCAACUUCCAGCGCGCAACCCUCCACAUCCUCCUCUCCAGCAACCAGCGACUCGCACACCUGAACCUCACCGACCUCGCGGCAGUCAACAACGGCUCCUGCAAGAUCAUCUCCAAAUCCUGCCCUCAACUUGAGUCUUUCAACGUCUCGUGGUGCAGCCACAUGGACUCGCGCGGACUCAAACUCGUCAUCGCCGGGUGCCCUAAACUGCGGGACCUCCGCUGCGGCGAGGUGCGCGGGUUCAGCGGCGCCGCUGGUCUCGAGGUCGCUACGGCGCUGUUUAAAACGAAUAACCUUGAGCGCUUAGUCUUGAGCGGCUGCUCAGACAUCACGGACGCAACGCUACAAACCAUGAUCCAAGGCUCCACCGACCCAGACACAGAUAUCCUCACCAACCUCCCCCUCGUCCCUGCCCGCAAGCUGCGGCACCUCGACCUCUCCCGCUGUUCACGGCUAACAGACACCGCUCUCGAGUCCCUCGCCCACUGCGUCCCCUACCUGCAGGGUCUCCAACUCUCCUCCUGCGCGCUGCUAACCGAUUCCUCCCUCUCCGCCCUCGUCGCCACGACACCCUACCUCACGCAUUUGGAUCUCGAAGAAGUCUCUAACCUGAGUAACACCUUCCUCUCCUCGCACUUGUCCAAAUCGCUCUGUGCGCCAAACUUAUCACACCUAACAUUGUCGUAUUGCGAGAAUAUCGGGGACCUAGGUGUCCUACCGCUGCUAAGGGCCGCGACGGGACUGAAGGCAUUGGAUAUGGACAACACCGCCAUAACAGACCUCGUCCUCGCCGAAGCCGCCCAAAUGGUCCGCACCCGCGCCUCCCUCACCCCUCUCCCCCUCCCCACCAUCUCCUCCCUCCAAGUCCGCGCCACCCCAACCCUCAAACUCGUCAUCUUCGACUGCCCCCACAUAACCUGGCCCGGGAUCCGAGAAAUCCUGAGUCGCAACUCGGAGAUGCUUUCCCUACCUCCCGGGCGCCGGGAAGUGGUGGCGUUGAAAUGCUAUUACGGCUGGCAGAUGACGGUAGACGAACACCUUAAGCGCGUGCUGGCGGGGGAGAGACAGGGGGCGGAGAGGCUGGAGAGGAAGUGGGCGGAACAUAUGGUUGCGAGUGAGGAGGUGGGGGAGGGGAGGGGGGGAGGAGGAGGAGGAGGAGGGCGAGGGAGGCGGAGAGGGGGUUGGAUGAGGAGGGGAGUGGGAUGGCUGGGGGGGGAGGAGGAGGGCGAGGAGUGGGGGGUGUGUUGUUAUAACCCCACAACCAAGAUGGUGGAGGAAGAAGCCUAG